UUGACACUUAGGUUAGGGCGGUCUUAAAGGGCAGUUUUUACUACGAGAGUUUUGUUGUACAGCUUCGGUGUCAGCCUUCUGAUUGGUCAAUAUCUACUUGCGGAAACGUUGGAAAUCGACGUUGUCUCAGCUCAAAACACGCGCAUUCGUCUAUACGUAUACAGUUCAGUCGAGUCAAGUUUACACACAAUACGGAAUUUGGCUGUUGCCGGUAUUUUCUCGUUUUGACAAUGACGAAAUAUAUUAACAGAUAUAUAUAUAUAUAUAUUUAUUUAUGUUAAAAGAAUGUUGAUUGACAAUAACAAUUCGUGAUUGGUAUAAAAUUUAGUUCCCUUGAUUUUAAUUAUAACUAUACAGAUAUUCAGAGGAUACUUGCUAGUAGUUAAAAAUCUACAGUUAAGAUGGUUUCUGAGGAACAGAAUUCUGACAUUGAGCUUGCUUCUGAGGUAAUACCAGUGCCUCAAGUCCAUCAGCCUGAGGUCGAGGCUCCUGUCCCAAAAGACACAAAUGAGACCAAUCAAAAAGCAAAUGACAUUCCACAUGGUAAACCAAGACUAAGAAAAAAGGCAUUUCAUGCUGCCAUUCUUAAACAAAUGGAAUUUUACUUUGGUGAUUCCAAUCUAAGUAAAGAUAGGUUUCUUUCGGAACUAAUAAAAGAAUGUCCAGACGUACCUCUGGAUACAUUUAUAAAAUUUAAUAAAAUUAGAUCACUCACUACUGAUAUUGGUAGAAUAGCCAAAGCACUGAGUAAAUCUACAAUGUUGCAAGUGUCUGAAAAUGGUAAAACAGUUCGGCGCAUAACACCAAUAGUGGAAAAACAGAAUAUUGAUGAAUGUACAGUGUAUGUUCAAAGGCUGCCAUCUGAUGCUGAUCAUGAAUGGCUAAGUUCUCUGUUUUCAGAGUAUGGACCGGUAGCAUACGUUUCUAUUCCAAAGUUUAAAGCUACUCAAAAGAUAAAAGGUUUUGCUUUUGUUGAAUUUGAAACACCCGAGGGUGCGAAAAAAUGCUUAAAAGCUUUUCGAGCAAAGGGUUGUGAAUUACCAUCUCAAACAUCUCCAACAGAGGUAUUAAGCAUUACAACAUUUGCUGAAGAAGAAAAAGAAGAACAAAAUGGUCCUCAAAACUCUGAAAAUGCAGAUAAUACUGAUAGAAAACAGAAAAUUGAAAAAUCUGUUGAUCCUGAUGAGCCAAAAGCUAAAAAACGAGGAGAAUCUUUAAAAUCUGAUGUAAAUAAAGAAUUUGUAAAUAAUGACGAAAAAUCAAGAGUCUGUUUAUCUGAUUCGAAUGCACAGAAAGAAGAAAAGCGGGGCAAAAAACGUAAAAACAAACUUUCUGCAGAAGAAGCACAAAUUUCAGAAACUGAGCUGCAAAACGUUUCUGAAAUAAAGAUAAAAAAACAAAAGACAGCAGAGUCAGAAGCUGAAACUGAAUCAGAAAAUUCUAGUAAAAAUGAAAUAAACAAGGAUGGUAAAAAACGAAAGAAAAUAAAGGUUGAAGUUGAAUCAGAGUCUGAAAACUUGAUCGAAAAUGAGAUCGACAAAGAAGAGAGUAGCAAAAAAAGAAAGAAACCAAAAAUAGAUGUGCCUAAGAUAGUAAUAGAAAGUGUUGACACAGAAAAUGAGGAUGUUAAAAAAGAAGAAAAUGAAGAAGUUGUAGAGUCUACGAAUGAUGAAGGUGUACCUGAAAAGAAAAAGAAAAAAAAAAGGAAAAGGAAGCACCAUGCUUCCUAUGAAGUAUUACAAACUGUGGAUAUGGGUCUUCAAGUAAUGGGCAAGAAAGAUUGGAAAAAACUGCGAAAUAAGUAUUUGGAGCUACAGAGAGCCAAAAUGAAACAAUUAAAACAAAAUAUAAAAAGAGCAAGAUGGAAUCAGUGGGGUGAUAAAGGUAAAAUGGAAACUGAACAAGAAGAAACUACUGGAACUAAAAAAGAAAAUACAGCUUCAGGUUUAGAAUUCAUACCAAAUGUUAUAGUCAAGAUUGAACUUAAUGAACCAUGUAUAGAUCCAAAAAGCUUCAAGGCUGAAUUAAAGAGUAAUAGCAGCAACAUUAAAUAUGUUGACGUUAAAGAGGGUUCACAUGAAGCCUACGUACGAUGUGAUUCAUCUGAAGCUGCAGCAGCACUAGCUCAAAAGAGCAAUGAAGAAAAGAAUCUUAGAGUCUUGACUGGUGAUGAAGAGCUAUAUUACUGGGACAAAAUUACAAGGGAUCGGGAAGAAAAGAUUGGUAACAAAGUUCGUGUGAACCAAAGGGGUCGUAAUAAAUUGCUGAAAAAGGCAGAGAAGGAGUUGGGAAAGCACAUCAAAUUUGACGAGGUUUGAAAUUACAAAAUUAUAAAUAGUUUACGAAAAAAUGUGUAUUAUAUUUCAUUUAACUCGUCAAGCAUAAUAAAUUAUAUCAUGCUAUGAUGAUAAUUUUUAUUAA